CUCAGGGAGUUUAUUUUGAUGUUAAGGAGAUCCUGGGAAAUUAAGUAAACUCACUCCGCUUAAAUAUUGUUCCUAUUCUGGACAUUUAAAACCGCACUUGUAAAUCGUUUCUUAGCAGGUUCAGCUUAAAACUACGUCGCUUUGAGGUGAACUGAAGCCCAGAAGCAGUUAAGCACUUGGAUGCCUGGGGCUCCUUCCCGUUCUUUCCUGUUGCCAUGAUUGAAACGUCGGGGGCUGUGCACUGCCUGAGUCACUGCAAUUCACCAGCUUAAUAGACACACGACGCAGAGCGGGUGCAGGAGCGGAUCUUGCGCGUGCGAGGGGACCGCGCCGGCGCGCUGGACAUGAACCUGGAGGGCAGCAGCCGGGGCGGCGAGUUCGGCAUGAGCUCCGUGAGCUGCGGCAACGGGAAGCUCCGCCAGUGGCUGAUCGACCAGAUCGACAGCGGCAAGUACCCGGGGCUGGUGUGGGAGAACGAGGAGAAGAGCAUCUUCCGCAUCCCCUGGAAGCACGCGGGCAAGCAGGACUACAACCGCGAGGAGGACGCCGCGCUCUUCAAGGCUUGGGCGCUAUUUAAAGGAAAGUUUCGGGAAGGCAUCGACAAGCCAGACCCUCCUACCUGGAAGACACGUUUGCGAUGCGCUCUGAACAAGAGCAACGACUUCGAGGAGCUGGUGGAGCGGAGCCAGCUGGACAUCUCUGAGCCCUACAAGGUGUACAGGAUCGUCCCCGAGGGGGCCAAGAAAGGAGCGAAGCAGCUGACCCUGGAGGACCCGCAGGUGCCCAUGAGCCACCCGUACAGCAUGCCAGCUCCUUACUCCUCGCUCCCAGCCCAGCAGGCUCACACCUACAUGAUUCCGCCCCACGACCGAGGCUGGAGAGAGUUCGUCCCUGAUCAGCCCCACCCGGAGACCCCGUAUCAGUGUCCUGUGACCUUCGGGCCUCGCAGCCACCACUGGCAAGGCCCAGCCUGUGAAAACGGUUGCCAGGUGACGGGAACCUUUUAUGCUUGUGCCCCGCCCGAGUCCCAGGCUCCCGGGAUCCCCAUAGAGCCAAGCAUAAGGUCUGCCGAAGCCUUGGCCCUCUCAGACUGCCGGCUCCACAUCUGCCUGUACUACCGGGAAGUCCUGGUGAAAGAGCUGACCACAUCCAGCCCCGAAGGCUGCCGGCUCUCCCACGCCCACACCUAUGACGCCAGCAGCCUGGACCAGGUCCUCUUUCCCUACCCGGAGGACAACGGCCAGAGGAAGAACAUCGAGAAGCUGCUGAGCCACCUGGAAAGGGGCGUGGUCCUCUGGAUGGCCCCCGACGGGCUUUACGCCAAGAGGCUGUGCCAGAGCAGGGUGUACUGGGACGGGCCCCUGGCACUGUGCAGCGACCGGCCAAACAAGCUGGAGAGAGACCAGGCCUGCAAGCUCUUUGACACGCAGCAGUUCUUAUCAGAGCUGCAAGCCUUUGCUCACCACGGCCGGCCUCUGCCAAGGUUCCAGGUGACGCUGUGCUUCGGGGAAGAGUUUCCAGAUCCCCAGAGGCAACGGAAGCUCAUUACUGCUCACGUCGAACCUCUGCUAGCCAGACAGCUGUAUUAUUUUGCUCAGCAAAACAGUGGACAUUUCCUGAGAGGCUACGACUUACCCGAGCACGUCAGCAGCCCCGAGGAUUUCCACAGGCCCAUCCGCCACUCCUCCAUCCAAGAGUGAGAACGCCAAGACCAGAGACGUUGCUUCAUUGUAAAUGAAGAGAACAGCUGACUGAGCCCCUACUUUUUCUUUUGAGGAAUGUGGAAAUUGGGGCUUCAGUCCCACACGUGAGGAAAACAUUUGUAGAAAAUGAGCUCCAUUUAAUUGACAGAUGAGCUUUUUCCAAAAGGAAGAAUGGUUCAGGGUCUUCUGUAGACCCUGACGAUAAUGUGAAAACUCACUAAAGUGUGUUUACAUUUUCUGAAAUGCCAUGUCCGGUUUGAUGUGGACUCUUUCUUGCGUGAAGACAGAGAAACCUGUGUUUCAGUGCUGGCCACUAAGGACGGCAUGAAGGCGCCCAAGUGCCAUUCUGUUUCUCAGGGAAGAAAAACCUAAGUUUGAGUCUGCUCUGCCCACAGGAGAAAUGCACCGACACCUGUGGACGGCAGCUCUGUAGGAAACGCUUGCUGAUAGAAGGACACAGCCUCAGCCCUGGGGGCCCCUCCCCAGGGUGGCCCCCGCCCACCUGCCAUCCACGCUCCCUAUGGCCCCAGAGGCCAGUAGGCGAGACUCCGCUAUGUUUUCUUGAGCCAAAAAGCAUUAGGGCCGCCCUGAAUAGAGCAUUUUGUGUACUAAUGACUGGUUAAGAUAGUUGUCUGUCUUUUUGUCUCUCAUCCUAUAGAAAUUAUUGCUAAAACUUUUUUUUCUUAAAGACAACAACAGAAAAAGACAGAUCAACAAUCCAAGUACUAAAGAUGUAUUUUUGAAACUUGGUCGACAUUUCCUCUCUUGUCCUGCUUGUUUGUUAGGCGACCGGUUACCAUGGCAACACUAAGGGGAGGAGCCCCUACUAGUCCCGGUGGUGAGUCCUGUAGGGAAGGGAGGACAGGGCUUCACAGAUUGAGUAACUGCAGGCUCAGUGAGCUGUUUUUGCUUAUUUGGUAUAUUAUAUGCUUCCUCAUGCCAGUGACGGUUUGACACGGCCUUAAAAAUGCUGGGCUUUUUCCAAAUACAGCUUUUCAUAGAAUUACUCAGAUCUCCACUUGCUUACUUAAAGCUGAUCACUUAUUUGUUGUUCCUUCUGGAAAAGUCGAGAUGUUUAGACUGUGAUGUAGCAGCUGUAUUUUUGUCACUUUGGGGCUCAGCACAGCACUUGGUAGUUCUCUUAUUCUAGUCUAUAUUUUUAAUUCAUUCAACAAACUUGCAUUAGACAGAUUGUAGCUUUUAUCCAGCUUAGUAAGCCAUGAAGCCUGAGAAUGUCGUUUCUUCCUCUUUUUUCUUUUGAAGAAGUUUUUAGGGAUAAAAUAAUACAUAUCAAGCACAGAAAAUAUAAACUGUAUAAAAGGGCAAAAACUAAGUGAACCUUCCUGUUUUCCAGCCCAAAUCCUCCUCCCUAGAGCUGCCCACAAGAAGAGUCUGAUUCUUCCAACACGUUUUACUUUUCUAUGAAUACCCAUAAACUUAAAAGACCUCGGGGGCCGUCCGUGCACUCACUUGAAUGCAGCAUUCUGUUAAUCCCACGACACAGCGUCACCUCUUUCUUGUCAGAGGUGGAGCUUCAGCGUAUCCACCUCGUGGUUGUCAGCACAGUUUAAGGUGGUGCAUUAGCCACUCGGAACAAACACAUUUGGACAGUAGAUUGUAUUCUGUGGUCUGCAGUGCCUUAUGCAUCUUGUAGAUGCGAGUAUUGGGGGUAUAUUACCCCAAGGGGGAGACAGAUGAGCCGCUAGCGCCCAGAGCGGUCGGUGUGUCCCGGCUGUCCGCCCUCCCGCCUCUUCAAGGAGACGCUCAGUUUCAGUUGCUGUUGUGGACCCUUUCCUGUUUCUCCCUUUUCAAACAUUAAGCUGCUUUGACUCUGGAGUUACAUUUUCUGGAAAACGCUGUUGGCCUGGGCCAGGCCCCCUUCCCGCCUCCACACUCAGGUGCGUUGGCGUUCUUUAGUUCUGAGGGAUCCAGAGCGUGAGGGGUAAAUAUGGACUAACUAUGAAACGGUCCCGAUGAAGGAUCCUGACAGCUGUCUCAGGACCUUGAGAAGGGGCCUCCUUCCCUGACAGUGGCCUCGGCAAACCAGAGUUUAGUUUGUUCGCGGUGGAAGAUACUGCAGAGUUUAGGCACUUGUUAUUCGAAGGAGCUUUUAGGUUCGCAGGAGGAGAAAGUGUAGGCCGCAGGGACGUUCCUGCCUUAUUUCUUGUUCUUGAGAUUUAGGAACGCCAUGGGCAGUAACCGGUGUCUUCCGGAACGCUACGGAGAGCUCGUUGAAACCCAGGCUUUGGAAGCCCCCCGGUCACCGAACAGAGCACCCAGAAAGACGGCCCUGUUUGAGGCUGCUCCCCUGGGAGAGAGCCCACCACAGUGUGGGAAUCACCUACGCUGGCCGGGAGCAGAGCGGCAUCCUUGGGGCUCAGGUGUGAACAAGAUCUUCUUCCUGUGUCGCUGCGUGCAAGCCCUGCAGGUCUGCCGUGGGCCGGUGUCCGCGAGGCUGGCCAUGCGGUUGCAUCCACAGGGAAGGCUGCACCAGGGAAGGUGGUUUUUUUUUUUUUUUUUUUUUUUUUGCGUGAGUCAUUUUUUUUAGUAAAAAUCCAGACACAGUUCAAAGCCCCUUCCAUUCCUCUUUCGUCACGUUUCUCCCCUUUCUCGGCGGGCGAAUGCCUCUCUGACGGUGGCGCGCUUCCCUGAGCUCUGUGUUUUAACACGCGGCCCCCUGAACGGCUUGCAGCUGGCUGGCGCCGAUCUCAGUGCCGCUUUCGGGCCGCCCUGCCACAGGCAUCGUUGUGCAGCUUGCCUUUGCCACGGCCCGUCUCAGAGCUGGACCCCCGUCAGCGUGCAGGGGUCUCACCCACCUCUGCUUACUGCGGUGGGAGAGCCGUCACGUGAGUGCAGCGAAGCUCGGCUCUCGCGGUAUUUCUCCUCCCGCCUUUCAGGAGGGCACGCGUGUGGAGCGUGGCUGAAGGGCAGGAGAGACGGCCAACCUCCUCCAGGCUCAGCUCGCAUCUUGCCUGAGCCCUUGGAGACGGGAGGGGCCUGACGGGUCGUGGGUGCUCCCUGUGUCCCGCUCUGCAGGCGGAGGGGCCGGGUGGCUCCCCCACCCCGAGCCGUGCGGUGCAGCCUCCCGGGCGCCUGGCUGGACGUUCCUUGGACAAGCGUCCAGCAUCGUGGCAUGAAUUCCGCUGUAAAUCGCUUUUCAAAGCACACUGGUAUU